AUGACAGUGAAUUUUUUUCUCUAUGCAGCAGUGGUGAUGUCCCUCGGCAGCUGUCAGGGACAGGUCUAUCACCCUCACAUCAUCAACGAAGGCUUCAACAUCCUGGGCUACGCGAACACCUUGGACAUCAAUUCAGGGAUAAUGAAUCUCUAUAAUCAGCUGCAUAAUUACGACAGGGACCUCGCUGAGAGUCUGUUACUGAAUGAUCUGUUGAGGAUCUAUGGAGAUCCCCAGAAGCUCCUGGGGACGUGUGACAAUCACCUGGAGAUUUCCACGAAUGGAGCCAAGCCGUCUCCAUGUGGAUUCAUUCAAAAUUUCACAACACAGAUCCGCGAGAUUGAAUCUCGAAUCGAUUCGAUUGGGGAAUAUUACAGACGAGCUAUCGAUAAUAGAGAGGGGCAGAACGGCAAUUGGCGACAAUCUGUUGACGAUUUCUAUACAUCAGUUAUGAAAGGCUGUGGAAAUAUCGGGAAUAGGUCCAUGUGCUUUUUUCAUCGGGCAGCAGGAAAUGAACUCAAGACCAUUCGUGGGAAGACACCGGCUUUUCCAACGAGAUCAACCCACCAAGAGGUUUACCUCUCAUAUCUCAAACUGACGAUCGCCCUUCUGAAGUCUUAUGCCGACGAAAUAGUUCGAAUCAGGCGACACAGUUCCUGGACUAGUCAGGAGAAGCAGAUCGAAAAAUUGCAGACAGAAUUCGCUCUGCGAGCUGCCGAUUUCGGGAGAAUGACAAUCGAUGCUCUAAAAAUUGCCCCAAAAGACAUAAUUCCCAGAGAUCCAUACGAACAUAUUGAAGGACUGACGUUCAUCCGCUUGAAGUGGUUCGUCGAGCAAAUAAUCGUCAACGAAGCGAAUUUGAACAAAGACGCGUCUUGCUGGAACAAGUGCAACGAUUAUCAAGUAGCCGAGUUCAAAACCUACGGGGAGGUUCCCUUCCAAGGGUUAGAAAUAUGCCACGGCGUCAUCCACAAGUGCUACCUGCAACCACUAGGACAACUGUGUUAUGCGGCACCGCAUAUGAGGAGACGUUAUGGGGGAAUCAAAGGAGUCACUCGUAAUUUGAAUAAUCAUUCGGUGUGCAAUCAGGGGGUCCGGAAUACCGAUGACACCUACUGGAUUAGAAGUUCCUGGUUUGACAGGUGCGAUAUCUGCACGUGUCUCUGCGAUGACUUCCGGAAUCCCCUGACAGUUAGAACAUUUAGUCUGAAACCAGUGACUUCGGAUGUGUACGCUAAUAUGGUGAUAACUGGAUUGAGAUUCAAGGAGAUGAGAGGUGUCAUUCACAUUGAAGUCCAGGAGGCACGACUGAUGAGACAAGGGGCUAUCGACAGCUUCACCAGGAGGUGGAUUCCAAUCCAAAAUCACAAUCAUCCUGAGCCUGGACUAACGAAUGACGAUUAUUUCACGAUGCGUUACGUAUUCGAGAGGAGUGUAAGUUUGAGCUCUCUGAGCUCUGGUGAUCGAUACGUUAGAGAGGUGAUCCUGAAGAAGAGUCCGCACCAGGCUAAUUACUCCCGAGUUUUGACAGGAGUUAGAUUGAGUAGGAGCAAUGUGAGUGCUCAAUUGGUAAUUGGUAUUAGGCUGACGGCUGUUCAUACAGAGACAGGAAGAUUGAUUCGAGAUGAUAAUUGGGACGGUUGGGUGUAUCCUGAGCAUCAGGGCGGGACUUACGAGAUAAAACUGGAAGAGCCCGACAUUCCGAUCUAUGGCCCAGAGGUGAAUGAAGAGGUCAGGGGUGAUGGGAGGUACGUCAGUUUCCAGCCAAGUGAUAAUUUAAAGGACUUUGGUCAGACUACGGUGCCAUUCCUGGACAGUCAGGAUGUCGUUGCUGAGCCUCCAAUUCCCCUAUCUGGGGCGGGAUUGUACUUCAAGGGGCAGAAGGGCUACGGCGGAUUCAUUGGACUCAAAUUGAUGUCCUUCGAUUUCUCAGAGUUCGUCACCACUGAAUUGUCUCGGUGGUAA